AUGGGGUCGCGGGGGUCCCCGGCGCCUGGCCCAGCUCCAGGCCCAGCUGCGGCACGGGGCUGGGGGGGGGGGGCCCAAAACGGGGGGGGCCCCGAGACGGGGGGGGCCCCGCUGCCGACCAUCUACGUGGUGACCCCCACCUACGCCAGGCCGGUGCAGAAGGCCGAGCUGGUUCGCCUGUCCCAGACCCUGCUGCACGUGCGGGCGCUGCACUGGGUGGUGGUGGAGGACGCCCCCGCCCCCACCGCCCUGGUGGGGGGGCUGCUGGCGGCCAGCGGGGUGCCCUUCACCCACCUGCACGCCCCCACCCCCCCCGAAAUCCGACGCCGCCCCGGGGACCCCCCCUGGCUGCGCCCCCGCGGCGUGGAGCAGCGCAACCGGGCCCUGCAGUGGCUGCGGGACGCGCCCCCCGGCGAGGCGGCCGUGGUUUACUUCGCCGACGACGACAACACCUACAGCCUGCGGCUCUUCGAGGAGAUGCGCAGCACCCGGGGGGUGUCCGUGUGGCCGGUGGGGCUGGUGGGGGGGCUGCGUUUCGAGCGGCCGCUGGUGGCGGGGGGGCGGGUGGUGGGCUUCCACACGGCCUGGAAGCCCGAGCGCCCCUUCCCCCUGGACAUGGCCGGCUUCGCCGUCGCCCUCCCCCUGCUCCGCGCCCGCCCCGCCGCCCGCUUCGACCCCGCCGCCGAGCGCGGGUACCUGGAGAGCAGCCUCCUGGGGCUCGUCACCCCCGCACAGCUGGAGCCCAAGGCCGACAACUGCACACAGGUGCUGGUGUGGCACACGCGCACCGAGAAGCCCAAACUGCGGCAGGAGGAGCAGCUGCAGCGCCAGGGCCGCGGCUCCGACCCCCGCAUCGAGGUGUGAGGGGGCCCCCCCCUCAAAUUGGGCCCCCCCCCCUUUGCCUGGGGACCCCCCAAGGACACGCAGGAUCCUACAACCAAGGAGGGGGGGGGGCGUUGGAUGCGGGGCCACCCGGCUUUUAUUUAUGGGGGGGGAGCUUCAAAUUGCGCCCCCC